CUGCAUUAAUAAUACAUCAGUCAUGAUGUUCAGGAAAGGAAGCUUUGAAAUUGCCUCAACUGUCUACCCCGUCGCCAUAAAGUAUGACCCUCGGUUUGGGGAAGCCUUCUGGAACAGCAGUAAGUUUGGGAUGGUGAAUUAUCUGCUCAGGAUGAUGAGUAGCUGGGCCAUCGUCUGCAGCGUGUGGUACCUGCCUCCGAUGAGCCGUCAGGAAGGUGAGGAUGCAGUGCAGUUUGCUAACAGAGUAAAGGCAGCCAUUGCCAGACAGGGUGGUCUGGUGGACCUGCUGUG